UGGGCCACCUGCAUCCCCACUAGCAUUCACCAUAUUCAAUACACCCUUUUAUAUCUCUCUCUUACCCUUUUGUAUCUCACCCUCACUCUUUUAUAUCUCUCUCUCUCACAUUGACACACAGAACACACAGUUACUCUCUCACUCAUCUCAUCUUCUAUUUCCUUACAAUCCUCUAUUUCUCAGCAUUUUCUUUCUCAACAUUGUGUGUAAUCCCUUUUCUCAUGGCUAGAUUUUUGGUUCUGGUUCUGGUUCUGGUUCUCAUUUUAGCCAUGGCUGCUCAUUCAAGUGCAACUUGGUGCAUUUGCAAGGAGGGACUGAGUGAUCAAGCCUUGCAAAAAACACUGGAUUAUGCAUGUGGUGCAGGGGCUGAUUGCAACCCCACCCACCAAAAUGGACCUUGUUUUAACCCAAAUACUGUGAGGGCUCACUGCAACUAUGCUGUCAACAGUUAUUUCCAAAAGAAAGGCCAGACCCCAACAGCCUGUGAUUUUUCAGGCACUGCCUACACAGUCACAUCUGAUCCCAGCUCAUCUGGCUGUUCUUACCCUGCAAGUGCAAGCGGCGCCACCAGGCCGGUAUCAACCACAACCAAUACACCUUCCACCAGCCUGCCCAGUGGUGGUUCACCUGUUGUGACAACUCCUUCCACUGGCAUACUAGGUGGCAGUAGCAACGGCUUAGGCCCCUCAGGCAUGAACACUGACAUGAGUGAUGCUGGGAUAUUACUACCAAAAAACAUCCUCUUACCCUCCAUUAUCCUCGUGUUCUCGGUACUUGUUUACUGGUGGGCUUAAGAAAGAGGAAUGUUUCUUCAUGGGAGGUGCAGGCUAUUCAAGAUCCAUAUCAGAAAAGUGACGAUGUGCAGAAAUGAAUAUGCAUGUGAUUCUAUAUUUUAAGAUAAUCUUAAUUUUGUUUUUUUAUGUACUUAUGGUUUGCAAUCUAGUUUGUCUACUAGUCCACAUAUGCAUUAUAAUAACUGAAGUUCUGUUAAUUUAAUCCCAUGGGGUUUUCACUAACAAA